AUGUCAUUAAGUUUUAUCCAGAAAGACAAAUCAGUUCAUUCAAAGACUUCCAAGAAGGUUACCAUUAACAUCUCUCAUAUAAGAAAAAUGAUUGUAAGCUGCAACUUCAGGAGACUAGGGUCGCCAACUGUCGCUGCCUUAAGACUAAAAUCAGGCAAGGCUUUAAAGAAGCUUAAGUUGCUCAAGGAAAAAAAUAAUCUUACGGCCAAGAGUAAACUCAGAAAGAACCAUUUCAAAUUCAACAAAAGGGCUAUAAAGAAUAUGCAUAAAGUGGAUCUAAGCAACUAUAAAAGUAGGAAAGCUGUCCUAAAGAAAACAAGAGCUAAAUGAAGAACUCUCUGCAAGGACGAACAAGUCAUUGACAAAUGAGCACUUAUACAUAGAAAAUUACUGGAGAAAAUAAACACGAAAAUGGAGUUAUCGAAGUACUGAAAUGGCAGAUUUUUCUCUCCCCAACGCUUGCAAAGGAAAAUAAUGAGUCCUGUGAAUAUGAACAGAGCAUUAAGAAGCCCAAAAGCCCAUAGGUUCGAUGAAACAGAGUAUCUCCCUGAACUCAGCAUCCAAAGCAUUUAAUAAUGUUUCACAUAAAAAGUGUUGACAAAUAUUCUGCUUAUUCUGAUGUUAUCUUAUCCACUAAUUAUUUUAACACUUUGCUUUUCUACUAAAAAUUUAAUAAAGUCGGUUUUCUUAAAUCACUCUCAUUUCUAUUAUUUCUGGGAAAUAUUAACAAGUUUAUUUUAGAAAAUUAACAAAACUCUUAAAUAAUUCCUAUUUUUAUUCCGUGACCAGUAAUUUUAAGAAAUAAGGGUGCUCCUACCUUUGGAGCAGAUAUAGUCUUGAAAUCUUAAAAAUAGGCUUAUUUUUAUAUAUACUUCUUGCUUUAGUUCAAUAAUGAGCCCUUAGAUUAGAAAAUCUUAUUGCUGCAUGACUUUGAAGAAAUUUUGAAAGGAUUUUUGUAACUUAAUAAAAUUUUAAGGAUCAUAAACCUCUUUUUGCUCAUCUUCAUAUUCAUAAAUUCUGUUGCUGGAAACAUUGUAUUUAUUUGUGAGAAACAAAACAUUUUCUGGGAAUUUAUUAGAGGGACUUUAUUGUUUAUCUCUAAUAAUCUCACUUCAACAGCAUGCUAAAGUUAAGAAAAGAGAGGUUGAACUCAGUCCAGCAUAUUUGGAAAUUGGAUAUUUAUAACUUUUGAAUAAUUUUGGCUAAUUUUUAUAUCAGAGCUAUAUCAGAAAAUCUGUAAAUGAAGCAUAAUCUGACUUUAUCAUUCCUUUUCUACUUAAAGCCUGAGCGCUGAAAUAUUUCAAGCUG